GAUUUGACAAUUAUAACCAAGAUCCUGGUAUAAGCAAACUGAAUAAAAUGUUCAAGCUGUCUGAUCUGUGUAUAUUAAACAUAACACACUUAUUUAAUGCUCUGUAAUAUUUAAAUAACAACUACCAAAUUCCCAUUUGCAUUAUUUAAAAUAAAGGAAUUCAGGAGACGUCCGUGUUAAUUUCACCACUAGAGGGAAGCACAUGCAAGCUUUUACUAUCGGAUAAAACCAAAACCCAUUUUUAGCAAAAACAAACAAACAAAUAAAUAAAUAAUCAAAAAAUCUAUUUUAUCCAUUUUUAGCAAAUUCAAAUUUUAGCAAUACUAUCCAAUUAUGUAUUUCUAAACGCUUUGUUUCUAUUGGCCAUAGUAGUGGGCUGAAAUAUAUAAGAUCAUUAUUAGGAUAUAUAUCAAUAACUACACUAACUGUGUAACGUGAAAUAUCAAACACAUUUUUCCUGUAUUGUAGUAAACUAUGAUCAUGGCACGUAGACUACUGUAUUCUCUAAGUUAACGCGAUAAACUUGUGCAUUCACGACAUAAUUCAUUAUUCAUUAUUGUCCCUUUUCCAAGUCGCUGUUUUUGCAGACGCUUCUAUUUUGGGAAGCUGGACUGCCUGUGAUGUGGAAGUGUCCAGAUCCGCUCCUGGGAGUCCACACCGUGGUCCAGAUUCCCGUCCUCCGUCGUUUGCGAGGGGAUCGUUUUCGGUGCAGACCGCAACCGACACUUUCGACUCCACAUCCCCCCACGGAGCAUUCGCGCGUCCCGCGUGUGCCCAGACACACCCACGGUGCGCAAACAUGGACAUAUCCAAAUAAAAACACAUCACACGCACACUCACAGCCUCAUUCACCUUAAAUCCGAGCUCACAACACCAUCGAAGUCUAGCAAUGUAAUGAAUAUUUCUAAAUUAAAUAAAUAGAUAAUUUCGAAAUAAUAUUUCAAGAGGCCAACAGAAAAGGAGCGCAGGACAGCCUAAUCCAGUUUAUUUACGUCUACAUGAAAAUGCAGUUUUGGUUGGGAACCCGAGCAGUGUAACACACACACACACACAUUCCACAUCGAAGUCAUUCUUAGGGUGAAGCGCGAGGAGACGAGCCCACCCCCUCGUGCUGAGCCGGUGGGCGGGCGCUCCCCGCCGUCUCCAAUCGGAGGCACGAGCGGAGCCCUGGCAACGCCGGGACGAGCGCAUAGGAACCAAUAACGUAAAGCGAGCAGGAGAGUCGUAAAUUCAAACGGUGUGGUGCUGGAAAAAAGUCGGGAGUGGAAGCUUGUUGUAGCGCCGAGACGACGUUGGACACGGAGCGCACCAGUAGGGCGCAGAGCGGGUAUACUGGCGCAGUACUGGUGCAGAUGCGCGCCAGCACGGACCACUGCGCGCCGUUAACGGCGGUCGCUUAGAGGAGUUCCAGACCGACAGCGCUGUCUAUUCCACCGGCUGGGUGUCGAGCCGUUUCUAAGGCUGAUGGGAUGGAGAGAGCGCUGGACUUCUCCAGCUGAAGAUGAAGGCUCCUUGAAGGAAGAGCCAUCUCCUCCCCUCGCUGCUCUCGGCGCUCCGGACUCGAAAAACGAGAUGCAAAGUAGAGGAACGGCUUCAGAGGAACCUCGCCUGAAGAUCGAAUGAAGAAAGUGUUUAAGGUGCUGUGGAAGAUUGAGGAGCAUUGGUGUAACGCCACAAACCUCAUCACCAUGUGAACACAGAUGUUGUUCUCUGCCUGAUCUCCGGGGUGGUGGGUGUGCUCAGUGCCUGCUCUGAGAGAAUGCCUUCCAGGGUUCGGGCAUCACCGUGUGAGGGGCAACUCCACCAACACCCUCUCCCUCUCCAGUGACUCUAGAAGAACCAGUCGGUGCGCCAUGGCAGUGGUCCGCUAAGGCCCUGGUGCCUGACCUCACACCCCCGUCCCCGUACGUCUCACGGCCCGGCUGGCCCCGUGACCCCAGCGCCAUGCUGCGAUUCCUGCCCCUCAAACCCAGCCGCCUGUACCGGUGCGUGAAGCUGCUGGUGGCGUUGGGCGUGUCCGUGGUGCUGUUAAUGAACACGCACACGCUCCUCGCCCCCUUCCAGAAGAACCAGCUGACCGACCGGCGCUUCCUGGCGCUCAACAAGUGCCCGGCCUGCUUCGGCACCAGCUGGUGCCGCAAGUUCACCAACGGCCAGGUGUCCUUUGAGGCAUGGGGGCGCCUGCGCCUGCUCGACGCCUUCAACGUGAAGAACGUCUUCUUCGCGCAGUACGGCGAGCCACGUGAGGGCGCCCGCCGCGUCGUUCUGAAGCGCCUGGGCUCCAGCCAGGAGCUGGCCGACAUCGACCAGAAGAUCUGCAAGAGGGCGACCGGGCGGCCGCGCUGUGACCUCGUCCAGGCUGUCUACAAGACGGAGUUCGCCCGCCUUAACGGCGACGUGCGCCUCCUCACCCCGGAGGUGGUGGAGGGCUGGUCGGACCUCGUCCACUGCCCCUCCCAGAGGCUGCUGGACCGGGUCGUGAGGAGGUACGCCGAGACCAAGGACUCCGGAAGCUUCCUUCUGAAGAACCUCAAAGACACGGAGCGCAUGCAGCUGCUGAUGACACUGGCCUUUAACCCCGAGCCCCUGGUCCUGCAGAGUUUCCCAUCUGACGAGGGCUGGCCGUUUCCCAAGUACCUGGGCGCGUGCGGCCGCAUGGUGGCAGUGAACUACGUGGGUGAGGAGCUGUGGAGUUUCUACAACGCCCCAUGGGAGAAGCGCGUGGACCUGGCCAAGCAGCUGAUGGACAUUGCCGAGCAGCUCACCAACAAUGACUUCGACUUCGCCCUCUACCUGCUGGACGUCAGCUUCGACAACUUCGCCGUGGGCCCCCGCGACGGCAAGGUCAUCGUCGUGGACGCCGAGAACGUGGUGGUGGCCGACAAGAGGCUCAUCAGACAGAAUAAGCCGGAGAACUACGACGUCUGGUACGAGAGCAAGUUUGAGGAGUGCGACAAGGAGGCAUGCCUGUCUUUCUCCAAGGACGUGCUGUGCUCCAGGGUCACCGUGGACCACAACUACUACGCCGUCUGCCAGAACCUGCUGUCGCGCUACGCCACGUGGCGGGGCAGCCACGGAGGUCUGCUGCACGACCCGCCCGCCGACGUGGCCGAGGACGGGCACCUGGAGGCCAUGCUGGAAGAGUGCGCCAACCCCCGAAAGCGCCACGGACGCUUCGCCGCAGCCAAGGAACUCCGCGAUUACCUCACCCAGCUCAGUGGCGCCACCGCCAGGUAAUGACCGGCCCACAGCCUGGAGCGCCCCUCCCCCUGCGCCGGGUGACUGAUGAUGGCCGACGCCCCCUUUUGGAGCAUAGGGGACGGCGCGCCCGGGGCCCAUGUUAUGUCUUGCCAGUGUGGUGUUCAGUCUGGCUCGGUCGUUUUAGGGGCCGGGUCUGUCCUGCUGCGGACCACGACAGCGGAGGAGAGACAUGCAGGAUGCCCAGAGGGGGGCGCUCCACCCCCUCCCCUUCUCCUCCAGAGCCACCGUUAACCGUGCGGAAGCCUCCCGGAGACUUGAUUCAUGCUGGUGUAACAACCGGUCUUUGACUCAUCGCGGUUUGUGUUCAUCGUUUCAGGAUUGUUUAACCUUUGCCCUGCGUUGGGCGUGGCGACCAUUUCUUCCAGAGAUGUGCUGGCGAGAGAGCGCUCAGUACGGCAGCUGGAGGAAUUGGCACACAGUGGACGAGGGACCCACCCAGCUGUUGUCCCUCUGCCUGCUGAAACUAGUCUUAGUCGAUUCUGUCUCCCCAAACACACGCCAUUCCCAGUGACCUGCUGCUUGGCAAUCAACGUUUUUCUUCGAACGUGAUGAAGAGGGUUUUGAAUGUGCAGAACACACAAGAAACAUGGUAGAACAGGAAGUAGAUGAACUGUGGCGCUUUUCGUUUGUCUGUUGGUUUGUUUAUUCUCCCUUCUGCAUACACCAAAGAGCCUGGCUAUAAGUCGCUCUGUUCGCAAGCCCAACAAGAGCUGAAGUUAAUCCAAAUUAUGCAUGACCAUUGGUGCAGAGGAGAACACUGGUCUCUAAUUGGCCAUUAGGAAUAAAUAACGUUCUUCCUCCAGUAUGGAACGCCAGUGCAGCAGUGCCAGGCUGCUGUUGGCAGAGAGAGCCUGUAUCCACUCACACACUCUGAACCAAGGGGAUUUCCCAACCUUCCCAACCUUGUUUUAAUUUCAAAGCUCUGAAAUUCAAGUAAUCUUAAUGUCUUCUGACUCUUGACAUCAGUUAACUUUGAGCUCUCAAUUUGCCAUUUUCCCUUCCAAUUUUAAUGAAUUGCACUUGGUGGACCAGUGAAUUAGACCAGUAUGCUAAUGUGUAGGGUAUAUGUGGGUCUGGCUGUUAAGGUAAGCGUCUCCUGAUGUGAAGCGUCAUUGGGUGUUUAUCCAUGGAGGCGGGGCUAGCAUCAGAAAUACGUUUAGCUCUGCACACUUCAUAUUGCAGGAAGGAGCACAGAUGUUUCUCACGUUAACUGUAGGAUCCAAACCUCAGUUCCCACCAUGGUCUGACUCUAUCUCUGCCCUCAGCUAAUAUUGAUGCUGGAGACCAAGAAGACUCGGUCUACCCAGAUCAGGUCCCCAGUUAGUGCAGGAACUGGGCAGUACAGGCUGGACCUUCAGAAGCAGGGGUGUCUGGGCUUCUUCUGGACAGUCCAGCCCCCAUGUCACAACACAGUAAAGCAAUAAGUGUUGUCCUUCUGUCCUGGUCCAAAAUGAGCCGGUCCAGCCAGGGCUGGCAGAUGCGUGAGAGGGAACUGUGUGUGCGUAAAAAACUGUCUGCUUUUGUACUGUAAUUAAUUAUUUUUCAUUGAGUAUUAUAUCAGCAGUGUCUGAUUUUUACUGUGCCUUUCAUUCAAAAGUUGUAUUCACAACUUUUCAGUGGGUUUAAAUAUCAAAUAAAUGAAUAUAUAUCUAUAUA